AUGAUCGUCACAAGUGAGCGUGUUAGAAUUAUUGUGAUUAUGAUUAUUGUUAUGGUUAUGGUUACAUCUUUCUGUGUACACAAUCAAAUGUUCCUACAAUUUAUUUUCAAAUGGACAGUCGAGUUCAAUGUGGGAUGUUACAAAGUAGCGAAAGGUUAUAAUUAUUUGGAUAUAAAAGGAGAAGACAGCCUUCAAUAUUGA